AUGUCGCCCUCCGCGGCCGCGCACCCGGCCUGGCGCGUCGCCGUCCUGCGCGCGCUCGAGAAGAACAAGGCGCGUCGUCUCUCGCGUCGUCGUCGUCGUCGUCGCGCCAUCGCGCCAUCGCGCGUCGCGUCGUCGCCACCACCCCAACCCUAA